UCCAUCUUUUCACAUUCGUACAUCCACCAUCAUCAUGGCAAUUUUUAAUAAAAUUCAAAUUGUUAUUGGAUUUCUGUCCCUGCUGCAUGCGGCAUACUCUGCUGCUCAGCACCGGGCAUACCUUCGAAUCACGGAACAGGAAUUCUCCCAGCUACCGAUCGAUAUAAUUUUUCAAGCGAUCGCCAGCUUGAUUUAUAUCAUCUACAACAUACUGCAAGUGGUGGGUGAUUUCAAGGAAAUUCGUGCGGCGGUCGAUUUGCAGGCCAAAUCGUGGGAAACUCUAUCAAACAUUCCCUCGUUUUACACCUUCAAUCAUCGUGGCAAAGCACUGUCGCCGGUAUACGAGCAACCUUACCCCGACGUAUAUGACCGUCCGUACACAUCGGAGUCCUAUCUUGAUUAAUUGUCUUAUGUAAACCAAAAAUAAAACGCUAAAUAAACGAGCUCCACGUGGUAGCCUGA